CAACGUCUUGGGAAUGAGCUCCCACCGCGUUUCCUUGUCAACUCCAAUCCCAGACUCUAAAGUCAUCCAAUCCUCUCUUUCCUUUCAUAUUUCGUAUAUUUAGUAUUUAAUAAAAUCAAAUUCAGAACAAAAUUCAAAACAAAAGUCAUUCACUCAAUCACUACUAGUCACUAACACCCAAUAUGCGUUCCAUCAAGCCUAGACAUCUUCGCCGACGGGCAUUCCCACGUUAUCUCUCAACUAGUACCUCAUCCAUUCAACCACAUAUUACGCCCAUAACGUCCUUGUUAAUUGCUAAUCGCGGUGAAAUUGCACUAAGAAUAAACAAGACUGCUAAACGUCUGGGCAUAAAAACCACUACCCUAUAUACUGAACCAGAUGCCACCUCCCAGCAUGCCUCCUGUUCGCCUCAAUCCAUCGGCCUUGGUGCAGCCAAUGGGUACCUCGACGGUGAGAGAAUAGUGAAAUUGGCCAAACAACACGGCAUCCAGGCACUUCAUCCAGGCUAUGGCUUCCUCUCAGAGAAUUCGGCCUUCGCCAAAAGGUGCGAGCAGGAGGGUAUCGUGUUCGUCGGGCCCCCAGCUCAGGCUAUGGCUGAUAUGGGUGACAAGGCCCGGAGCAAAGAGAUCAUGACCAAAGCCGGGGUCCCAUGUGUACCUGGAUACCAUGGAAGCGAUCAAGGAGAGGCCGAGUUACUAAAUCAUGCCAAGGAGAUCAAGUUCCCCGUGUUGCUUAAGAGUGUAAAGGGCGGUGGUGGUAAGGGUAUGCGUAUCGUAAUGGAAGAAAGCGAGUUUCUCCAACAACUGAAAAGCGCACGGGCAGAGGCCAGGGCUUCUUUCGGGGCGGGUGGCGAGGUUAUGCUAGUUGAGAAGUACAUCAUACGGCCUAGGCACGUAGAGGUACAGGUAUUCGCAGACAAGCACGGUAACUGCGUCGCUUUAGGCGAGCGUGACUGUAGUGUACAGCGCCGACAUCAGAAGAUACUGGAGGAGUCGCCCGCGCCAGACUUGGACGACGUCACAAGACUAGAUUUAUGGGGAAAGGCUCGAACGGCAGCGUUGGCUGUUGGCUACGUUGGCGCAGGGACGGUGGAGUUUAUCCUCGACAAGGAUACCGGGGACUUCUACUUCAUGGAGAUGAACACUCGACUUCAGGUGGAGCAUCCCGUCAGCGAGAUGGUUACGGGGACAGAUCUAGUUGAGUGGCAGUUUCGGGUCGCCGCGGGGGAAACAUUGCCGUUGACUCAGAAAGAGAUACUAGAAAGGAUCCGCGAGAGAGGGGCAGCCAUUGAAGCUAGAAUAUAUGCCGAGAACCCCGAAAAGGGUUUCAUACCAGACUCCGGAAAGCUCGUUCACCUAAAAACUCCCCAGACCAACGAAGACAUCCGGAUAGACGCCGGUUUUGUGCAAGGCGAUACCGUUACCGAGGCGUAUGAUGGAAUGAUUGCGAAACUUAUCGUCAGGGGCAAGGAUCGUGAGACUGCUAUUAGGAAGAUGGAGCUUGCACUGCACAAUUAUGAAGUGGUGGGUUUAAGCACCAACAUCGAAUUCUUAAAACGCCUGUGUAGGUCCCCGGCGUUCAUAGAAGGUGACGUUGAGACGGGUUUUAUCGAAAAGUGGAAAGAGGAACUAUUUGAUCCAGUCAUAAUUCAACCCGAAGUAUACGUGCAAGCGGCAUUGGGUGUCUUCGCUUCUCAACCAACGAACUCCAUUGAGCCCCACGGAGAAAGCCUUGGUUUCGGGUCAGGCGGUAGCGAACGCAAGUUCUCUUUCAAAUCCCUGGAUGUGAGAGAUCCAAAGGAAGGGGAGACAGUGGAGGUCAGUAUUUCCCAAAAGGGGAACAACCUAUUUGAUGCUCGCGUCAUCCGGAAAGGCAUCGAUCCAGAGGUCUUUGAGAAUCUCGUAUCCUCACCCGUUGCAACUUCGGAGACCACUAGUCUAGUAACAUUCUUCCCGCGUACGCGGGUUGAGACAACAGUAGUCCAAGAUCCAAAUAACGACAACAAAAUCACCAUAUUCCAGCAUGGAGCUAAAACAGAGUUAUCGCUAGCCCCCCCGACGUGGUACGAGAAGGCCCUGGGUUUGAAAGAAGUAGCCGCAUCGGUUGCUGCCCCGAUGCCCUGCAAGAUCCUCAAGAAUGAAGUCAAGGAGGGUGACAGGGUUACCAAAGGGACUCCUCUCGUCGUCAUCGAAUCUAUGAAGAUGGAGACAGUAAUACGAUCACCACAGGAUGGUGUUAUCAAGAGGUUGGCGCAUAAGGAAGGGGACAAAUGCAAAGCUGACACGGUAUUGGUGGUUUUUGAAGAGGACGACGCUACGCAGUAGAGCCUCCCUACUAGAGGGUAGGAAUUAAAGGGGUAGCCCAGGCUUUACUAGGCUCAUCAUGGUUCCAUAGGAAUUAGCAACACCAAUCUCGCCAACAAGUGUGCCUAACCUUAUUCUCCACAAUUUGAUAAGACUGCCGGAUGUUUAACCCUUACAAGAAUGGGAUCAUCUGAGCUCAUAUUCAUCUUGCCCAGAUGCUUACACCACGAUCUCACACGUUACAUGAUGCCAUUCCUAAUAGUCUAGUAUAGAACCAUUGUUGACUUCGCCAUCACGCCCUUCCCUCUCUUUUCCUCCAGUCCCAGUGUAGCAAGAUCUUUUAUCAUAGCCGCGGCACCUACCAUAGAUUUAGUAAAUCAACCUCAAACGUA